UGCACAGGGGACUCUUGCACAUCAUUGGUCUGAGAAGGUCUCCAUGCCCUUAAAGAGAAGGUGGAUUUUCUGCUGAGCCACCCGAGAAGCCCUUUUAUACCUCCUUACUCAGCCAGCUGCCUGCGGCUCGCCAGUCCACCCUGUCCGGCCAGCAGCACUCUGGUUCUCUCCUCCAGACUUGGGCUCACAACCAUCUAAAGCAAGAUGUCUGAUGAAGAGAAAAAAAGGAGGGCAGCCACUGCCCGUCGGCAGCACUUGAAGAGUGCUAUGCUCCAGCUCGCUGCCACUGAAAUAGAAAGAGAAGCAGCUGCUAAAGAAGUGGAAAAGCAAAACUACCUGGCAGAGCAUUGCCCUCCUCUGUCGCUCCCAGGAUCCAUGCAGGAACUUCAGGAGCUGUGCAAAAAGCUUCAUGCCAAGAUAGAGUCAGUGGAUGAGGAGAGGUAUGACACAGAGGUGAAGCUACAGAAGACUAACAAGGAGCUGGAAGACUUGAGCCAGAAGCUCUUUGACCUGCGGGGCAAGUUCAAGAGGCCACCCCUGCGCAGGGUGCGCAUGUCCGCUGAUGCAAUGCUGCGGGCCCUGCUGGGGUCCAAGCACAAGGUCUGCAUGGACCUCCGUGCCAACCUGAAGCAAGUCAAGAAGGAGGACACUGAGAAGGAGAAGGACCUCCGUGAUGUUGGUGACUGGAGGAAGAACAUCGAGGAGAAGUCCGGCAUGGAGGGCAGGAAGAAGAUGUUUGAGGCUGGCGAGUCCUAAGCACCUGCCACUCCACACCCGUCCUCCGCUCCCUCCUGUCCCCGCCAUCCCCCCGGGCUCAAGGGCACUGAAUGGGUGCCAUUCUCUCUGGUUUUGCCAAGAGCUGCAUCCUGGCAGCAGCAGUGUAAAUAAAGCUUUGGCAGGAGAGGCGGGUGUCGCCUGCCUGGGG